GUCUCCCAGUCCGCACGAGCCCGAGGCCUCAAUCGGUCACACACACUCACACCACCGCCGAAAGUUGCUUCCGUUUACUGGCCGCUGUAGACCACCGUCCCCCCCCCCCCCCACACACACACACGCCGACUCCCGGGAAGAGGGCGACAACAUGCCGCGGUCUUUCCUCGUGAAGACGCAUCAGAGCAGCAGGAAACCUCACUAUGGAGGACCGAAGACCCAGACUGAGGAGGUCCCCUCCAGCACCCAUGAAGACUCUCUGCUGCACAGUGACAUCCCCCCUCACCUUCAUCAUCAAGACCCCAGCCCACGGCUACAGCAGAGAGCCCAGUCUCUCUCCUCCUCUUCCUCCUCCUCCUCUUCCUCCUCCUCCUCCUCCUCUUCCUCCUCCUCCUCCUGUGCUCUUCCUCUCAGAGAACCCCAACUGCAUCUUCCAUCCUCUCCCGACACCUCCCCUCUCUCCUUUUUAGGCCCCUCUUCGGAGGCAUACAGUGGGAGCCCGGUAGAAGCCUAUAAACCAGCAGAGUCCUGCACCAAAGUGAACUUAGAGAUCCAGUGUGUCACAGGAGACCACAGGAGGAGACCAAGCCUCCACCCUCAGUCCCUCCCUCUCCUGGCCCUCUUUCCAGCCAUCCUCCCGGGCGGCAGCAGCCAGGAGAGCUUUGAGUGUUUGGACUGUCAUAAAGAGUACUUGAGCUUCUCAGGCCGGACCAAACACAAGCAGCUCCAGUGUGAGUGGAGCAGUAAGAAGUACUUCAGCUGUAAGUACUGUGAGAAGGAGUACAUCAGCCUGGGAGCACUCAAGAUGCACAUCAGGACACACACACUGCCCUGUGUGUGUAAACUCUGUGGCAAGGCAUUCUCCAGACCCUGGCUUCUGCAGGGACAUAUACGCACACACACAGGAGAGAAACCGUUCUCCUGCCUCCACUGCAGCCGAGCGUUUGCCGACCGAUCCAACCUGCGAGCUCACCUCCAAACCCACUCUGAGGUGAAGAAGUACCAGUGUGCGAGCUGCUUCAAGACCUUCUCCAGGAUCUCGCUGUUAGCCAAGCACCAAGAGGCCGGCUGCCCUGUGUCCUGACAGCCUGUAAACUCCGCCCUGCUCCAAUACACACUUUCUGUAUAACCUCACUGCUGGCUGAACAACAGCGGCUUUGGAGUGGUCUCCAAAGUCCUGCUAGUCUUUGCAUAAUUUUUGUGGAUCACAAAAACCCCAUCCCUGAGCAGUGGAGAAAACUAGAAUUACCGCCUCAUGGUUGUAUGCCUCCGCCAAGGUGCAGGAAAUAUGGUCACAAUCUCUCCUUCCUGACCUUUGACCUUUGAUCUUUGACCAUGAAAUUUAUUAUCAGUUCAUCUUUGAGUCUAAGUGAAUGUCUGAAGAAAUCCCCUAACGUGGUCUUGAGAUACCACAUUCAGUAGGCUGAAAACGUGUUUGUGAGGUCACAGUGACCUUGAACUUUGACCUUUGCCUUCAAAGUUGAUUCAGUUCAAUUGGGCAUUUGUGCCAAAUUUUCAGGGAUUCCCUUGAGGAGUUACUGAGAUAUCACAUUCACAAGGCGAAAAAAAUGUUUUGUGAGGUCACUGUUACCUUGACCUUUGACCUUUGACCACCAAAAUCUAAUCAGUUCAUUCUUGAGUCCAAGUUAGUAUUUGUACCAAAUUUGAAAAAUUCCCUCAAAGCAUUACUGAGAGAUCACAUUCACGGGAAUUGGACGGACGGACGGACAACCCAAUAACAUAACGCGUCCAGGCCUGGCUGUCGUAUAAAAAGAUGUAAUGUAAUAAUACUUUGAUUUUAUUUUCCAGAAGGAACUCAACAUAAUUUUGUUUUAACAUCUGUAAUUUCCUGUGAUCCAAGUGUUUGUGUUUACAAUGUUGGGCGAACAAUGGAGUCUUGUGGCCCCCCCUGCUGUGAUGGGAUCUUCAUCCCAUGCUCCUGACCUCAUCUGAGACCCCCUGCUUAUCAAACAGGCUCAGUGUUUGGAGGUGGACUGACGGUCCUGCGUCUCCACUAUAGGUUUUGAUUAUAGCUAGGUAUCACCACUACAGUAUUCAUACCAAUAAUGUGUUCUCAGGCUGUGUCGUGCUUUAAGCAUAGCCCUCACAGUAACUGCUGUGAUACAGGAUGGUGAUCAGUGUCAAGAUGUCGUUCUUCAACUUGCUUCAUGUCGUUCCCACUCUCAACAAUCUUGGCUCAAACAGCCCCUCGUGGUAUCUCUCUGUCUAGCUUAGUGAAGAUGCACAUGAGGCACUGUGCAGCUUAUACACAGGGUAUUUGCACACUGCACAAGCUCCACUACUGUGUCAUAACACAGUUAUAAAUCUUGUAAGGUGAGCAGUCAA